AUGGAGCUGGCCCUACCUGCCUUCCUAUUUACCCUGUUUCCUGGAGCCCUGCUGGGGAGCGAGAACCCCAGAACCGACUCCUACAGCUUGUCCCCUACAGCAGGCAGCCCUAGCGCUCCCCUGGAUUCCGUGUGUGGACGUCCCAGCGCUUCAGGCCGCAUUGUGUCUGGGCAGGAUGCCCAGCCAGGCGAGUGGCCUUGGCAGGUCAGCGUGAGGGAGAAUGGGGAGCACGUGUGUGGGGGCUCCCUGAUUGCUGAGGACUGGGUGUUGACGGCUGCCCACUGCUUCAGCCAGAUGCAGCCCCUGUCUGCCUACACAGUAAUGCUGGGUACCAUCUCCUCCUACCCUGCGGCCAAUGAGCCCAAGGAACUGAGAGCUGUGGCACAGUGCGUCAAGCCCUUGAGCUAUUCAGAAGAUGAGCACAGCAGUGGAGACAUCGCCCUGGUGCAGCUGGCUUCAUCUGUCUCUUUCAAUGAGUACAUCCUUCCAGUCUGCCUCCCGAAAUCCGGAGACUCCCUGCGCCCUGGCACCCAGUGUUGGGUCACGGGCUGGGGGAACACCGCCACAAAUACACCUCUCCAACCACCAUUCACCCUGCAGGAGUUGGAGGUGCCUCUUAUUGAUGCCCAAACCUGCAAUGCCUACUACCAGGAGAACUCCAUUUCCAGCACGGAGCCUGUCAUCUUGGAAGAUAUGCUGUGUGCUGGCUUCGUGGAAGGCGGGAAGGAUGCCUGUAAUGGUGAUUCCGGAGGUCCCCUGGUCUGUGGCAUUGAUGGUGUCUGGAUCCAGGCAGGGGUGGUGAGUUGGGGAACUGAUUGUGCCCUUCCCAAGAGACCAGGUGUUUACACCAACGUCAGCGUCUAUACCUCAUGGAUUACGAACACAAUGUGGAACUCAGCCCAAGAAGUGAAGAGUUUCUCUCCGAGCCUUUCAGGGACCUCAGUCUCUGGCCUCUUGCUGUUCCUGGCAUCCCUGGCUAGCACCUUAUGCUUCCUGGGGCCCUAA